CUUGGAUUUAUAGUUGUAUUGUAUGUAGAUUUUAAAGACAAGUUACUAUAUAUUCCCACAAUCAGUGAGGCCUAGAUACAUAUUUGUGUUAAAAAUGGGUGAUUCUGCACCUAUCGUGAAAAAUGUAAUUCACGCUGGGCAGAAAUACAAACCAAUAUCUGAUGGAAGCAAGGUGCACUUUCAUUUUCAAACAUGGAAGUGUGGGAAAGAGAGAGUCCUCAUUGAUGACAGCAGGAAGAUCGGCAAGAAAGAGCCCAUGAUUCUAGUCAUCGGACACAAGUUCAAGCUGGAGGUCUGGGAGUCCAUAGUCAAAAUGAUGGCCGUUGGAGAAGUGGCCAGCUUUACUGUUAAAAAAGAACUAGUAUUCAGCUAUCCAUUUGUAUCAAAAACCUUGCGGGAGCUCGGGCAGGAGACUAGUAAGAAGAAACAUGCAUGCACUAUGACAUUGCACACAGAAGGCAUUGGCUACCCCGACUUGGACAGUUUAAUGAAGGAGCCAUGUGAUUUAGAAUUCAUCAUAGAACUGCUUCGAGUGGAAAGAGCCGACGAGUACGAGAAGGAAGUGUGGCAGCUCUCCUCGCAAGAGCGGCUGGAGCUGGUGCCCAGUCUCCGGGAGAAGGGGAACCAGCUGUACGGACAGAAGAAAUAUGAUGAAGCAGAGGAGGUGUACGCCAAGGCCAUUGCUAUUUGUGAACAACUUAUGAUAAGAGAACGAAAAAGUGACGAGGAAUGGAUCAACUUGAACAAAAUAAAGUUGCCGCUACUACUGAACUACGCGCAGUGCAAACUCAUCAAAGGCGAGUACUACGCGGUCAUCGAACAUUGCAACACCGUCUUAGAACACGAUAAAGACAAUGAAAAAGCUCUAUACAGACGAGCGAAAGCUCACGUUGGAGCUUGGAACCCGUCGCCCGCGGAAGAGGACUUCGUCCGGCUGAAGACCCUCAACCCCACGAUGGGCCCAACGGUGGACAAGGAGCUAGCGCACAUAAGGAAAUUACAGAAGGAUAAGGAGAGCAAAGACAAGGAUGCUUUGAGAAAGAUGUUCGGGACCGACAACGGCACGUAGCGUUUAUCGUCGAGUUUUAACCCUUUGAGCAGGCCUAUGGAACUCUCCGCGCGAGCUCGGAUUUAUGCCUACGAAUCUCGUCCCGCCGGCGGUACAAAAGCCAGCUAGGGCAGCUAGUUGGUUGCCACUCGCGCUCACGCACGCACGUCACCGCGCGCUAUGCCAAAGAAACGUCUUCGUCACGAAAAAAUAACACAGCUUGUAGUGUGGAUGAAGAAACAACAAAACAAAUAAUAAAAAAACCGGCCAAGUGCGAGUUGGACUCGCCCACCGAGGGUUCCGUACCCAACGGGUGAAAACGGGACCCUAUUACUAAGACUCCGCUGUCCGUUUGUCCGUCUGUCUAUUAUCUGUCACCAGGUAUCUCAUGACCCGUGAUAGCUAGACAGUUGAACUUUUCACAGAUAAUGUAGUUCAGUUGCCGCUAUAACAACAAAUACUAAAAAGUACGGAGCCCUCGUUGCGCGAGUCCGACUCGCACUUGUCCGGUUUUUUUAUUGUUAUAGCGGCAACAGAAAUACAUACUAUCACGGUUCAUGAGAUACAGCCUGGUGACAGACAGACGGACAGCGGAGUCUUAGUAAUGGGGUCCCGUUUUUACCUUUUGGGUACGGAACCCUAAAAAUAUAGUUUUUUCCUCUUUCGAAAGACGAGAAAAGUAAGUAGACGGGCUCAAUGUGCAUAAGGACCGUUCUCUGAUGGAAAGCCAC